AUGGACUUGUUUGUGGCCUUAGUGUGGAGCCUGGUCGCACUGACACAGGGCAGACCGGAGCUGCUUUUCUCUGAUUCGUCAUCCUCGUCUUAUUCCUCCUCAUUUUCAUUGUCUUUUGAAACUUCAGUGGGAGGAGGGUGUUUGAAUGGAGGAACCUCUGUGCCCUCACUUUACCCCAGACAACGGCUCUUCUGUCUCUGUCCUGACGGAUUCGCAGGGAAACGCUGUCAAAUCGUCACGAGUGCUCUGUGUUUCGAGGGCAGGGGGCUUUACUACAGAGGGACAGCGUCACAGUCGGAGAGUGGGCUGCAGUGUGAGGAGUGGGACCUCGACACCAGGGAGCGAUAUAUGACUUCAGACGUCAACCAGGGGAGACACAAUUACUGCAGAAACUUCCUGUACAAGCGUCGUCCCUGGUGCUACGUUCGUAAAAAUCAGGAGUUGGUUUGGGAGUACUGUGAUAUUCUCCGCUGCGGAUCGGAAACACAUGCAGACAGCCCCGUGCCCACAGAGUCUGAACCAAAUCCAGAGGAGGGCCGGUCGUGUGGAGUCCGGACGCGGGGGAAGCUCAUGAAGAUCGUGGGUGGUUCGGUUUCGACGGUGGAGGCUCAGCCCUGGAUUGCUGCCCUCUACUGGAGGAGCAGGUCCAAGGAAAAGGUCUUCAGAUGUGGAGGGAGUCUCAUCUCAGCCUGCUGGGUCCUCACUGCGGCCCAUUGCUUCCCAGACGGCUCUCAAACCAAAGCGCGGAAGUUCUUCGUGGUUUUGGGGAAGAACGCUCUGAACAGAACCAACAUCAACGUUGAGCAAAACUUCAGAGUCGAAGAAAUAAUCCUCCACGAAGCUUUCGACAACAGCGAGGGAACCUACGACAAUGACAUCGCUCUGGUGAAGCUGAAGCCCAUAGACGGUCACUGUGCAGAGGAGAGCAGCUCCGUGAAGCCGGUGUGCCUCCCUCCAGACAACCACCGCCUCCAGGCCGGACUCAGCUGCGAGAUCUCUGGAUACGGGAAAGAAAAACACGGUUUGUGGUACCGUUCCCAGCUGCUCCGCGAGGCCCAGGUCCAAGUCUUGGCGGAUGAGACCUGUCGCCGUGACGACCACUACGGCGCCAUGAUCACAGGCAACAUGUUCUGCGCGGGACGUCCCGACUGGAGCCAGGAUGCGUGUGAGGGCGACUCGGGGGGUCCUCUGGUGUGUGAGGUCGGGGGUCGGUUGUCCCUUUUUGGGGUCAUCAGUUGGGGCGACGGCUGCGCUCAGGAAAACCGACCCGGAGUUUACACCAAAGUCACAAACUACAACCACUGGAUCCAGAACAAAACCGGACUUUCCUCAGACACUGCUGCCACCACCACACUUCCUCCCAAAUGA